AUGGUGGCUUCAUCAUGGCUCACGGUGGCACUUGGGGCUGUUAGCCUCAUGCCAGGAGCCAUGGCGUUCAUCCCUCCAGUUAACACCUCUACCCAGGCUGACUACUUCUACCCUGAACGAUGCACCGUUUCCAGUCCGAGCACCGGAAAUUGGUCCGUCUAUCCCAACCUCAAAGCCAUCAAGAGGUGCCAGCAGACUAUGUUCUACGACUUCUCGCUGUAUGACCCUGUCGCUGACCCGAGCACCAGUCAUCGCAUCCAAACUUGCUCUUCUUUUGGCCCAGAUUUUGACAACCUGCCAUCGGAGGCGGUGGCCGCCAACCUUGUCCAGUCCGCCACUUCUGUUAAUGUCGAGUUUGAGCUUGGAUGGUGGCACAAGGCUUUUAGCCUUGCGAAGGGGGCUAUCUGGUCGCUUGUGGGGCAGAUUCCAACCAUCAGCGUUUACAUCGGCCAAGAUCUGCUGAACCAAGGCCUCAGCACCUCAGCCCUCCAGACUUUUCAGGACAACUUUGACAAACUCAACAUCACGACGCCCGGCAUAGCUAUACAGCUCUGCGGCUUGGGCUAUGAUAGGACUCACGUCUUUGGCGUCGCAGUUACCAGCAACACCACGUUUACCCCCAUUCAGAGUGCCAUCAAGUCCUGGGCCAAUACGACAUGCCUGUCCUUCCUUAGGUCGAAAAGCUUUCCUGGCAAGGCCACGUUCACCACUCCUCUGCUGAACGGUACUGAGACGGAGCAGUGCAGCCUGCCCGCACACUACAAGAACGAAUCAAAAGAGAAACAGAUGGUCAAAUGGGUCUAG